UCAAACAAUUUGCACCUCAUUCAGCUUUACUCAAUCGUGUGACUCAUUCAUCAGCUACUGGUGUAUAUCCUCUUAAUCCCACCAUCACUACAAAUAACAAUCCUCAAAUGGGAACUAUUAACAAUACACAAUAUUUGUACUCACCUUCGACUGAAAGUGAUAUUCCUUUUGAAAGUUUAGAAAAAUGGCGUGAAACAUUGGCAAUGAUUUUGGCUAAUCGUUCGCCUGGAGAUAAUCAAGCAAUUACUGUAUUAGGGGAUAUGUUAAAAGAAUGUGGUUGGAUUCAAGCAGCUUGUGUUUGUUACAUUUUAUCUCCACAAACGUCUCUUCAUUCUGGAAUUGAUACACCUAAUUCACGUUUCACACUUGUGUGUCAUGACCAUUUUCAGGAUCCCUCAUUUAAAGAUUUGAAAGCAUUACGACUUAGUGAGAUUUAUGAAUUUGGACUUUCAUUAAAAAGUAAUGAGGGUGGAUUGCCGUUUUUACAACCUUAUAAACUUCUUUAUGCAUGGUGGUUGGCAGAUUUCGGAUAUUUGAAUGAAGCUAGAAGGUAA